AUGGACGUGCGAUUGCUGCUCAACCCGGAAGAAGUCGUAAACGAGGAUGAUAACGCAUAUGCUGACUCCAGAUCACCUGUAGAACCACUACAUAUUCCACGCAUGAUCAAUAAUCUACCGGUACCCUCCAUCCACGGUGUCCCUCUGCCACCAUUAGCAACGCAUUCAUCAUACCCCAACAUGCCAACAAUAGGACCGGAACUCUCGCCACGUGCAUCCCACGAUAUUCCGCCAAUUUCUCUAGCGAUUCCUCCAAUCCAUGUACCAAUGCCUCCAAAUUAUCCUUCGCUCAAUGCUAAUGCAUCGUCCCAGCGCGCUCGACCUCGAAUGUCACCAGCCUCACCUCAGCAUGAACCUACACACCAGCGUGUAAAUCCUAGCGUCCCACCUCACCUUCAGCAUCUUAUAUUGCCCCCCAUCGCUCCCCAGCUUUACAGCAAUAACACGAUACAACCAUUGUCCAAUCUCCAACGGAACUACACGCAAACGUAUCACUACCAAGAUUCAUCCAACAACCACUAUCAAAACACAAAUCCUCCUAAUACAAUAUAUAAUCAUCCAGCAAAUGUACAUCAGACUCUUCAAUCUCCAAUGUUGCCAUAUCAAUGUACAGCACCUGCUGCCAUACAACAGUUUGAUCCAAAUCGGAUAUUGUUGCCACCAGAGCCACAGAGGGCAUUCAAGUUAACCGGAAUGGAUGCAUCAGGAACAAUAUUAAAGGCUGUUAACUUUGCUGCUAUAAAGCAUAGAGAUCAAAGACGUAAAGAUCUUGAAAAGACACCGUACAUAAACCAUCCCAUUGGAGUUGCGAAUAUUCUAUACCUAGAAGGAUCUGUAACAGACGUCGUGAUUCUGCAAGCUGCCAUACUACACGACACGGUCGAGGACACGGAAACGACAUUUGAAGAGCUGGAAGCGGAAUUCGGGCCUGAGGUCUGUUCUGUUGUAAAGGAAUGCACAGACGACAAGUCGUUACCAAAGGAGGAGAGGAAGAGAUUGCAAGUCGUGAACGCUCCUCAUAAAUCAUUGAGAGCCAAACAAGUAAAGAUGGCUGACAAGAUAUACAAUCUCAGAGACUUGGAGAGAUGUACGCCUGAAGGUUGGUCGGCUGAACGUGUUUCAGAGUACUUCAAGUGGGCGAAAAAGGUUACGGAUGGUUUGUAUAUAAAACGUGGCUUCCAAGUCAAUAGACUGCUAUUGUCUUGA